AUGCUUGGCAACGACGUUUCUUACUUGUAUUCAAAUGACUUCUUAGCUUUGUCGUUAUCAAAUAAAAAAGAAUUAAAUACAAAACUAUUACCGUCGUUUGAAUGCCGAUCAGUACGACCUCAUGCGUGCCGCCUACCAACUCAGACGUUAGAAACGGGUCAUCGUACGGAACAUAUAAUAUUAUUUCGUGAUGAAACUAUCGUACGUGAUAAACAACGCAGAAAAAAAAACAAAACUAUUCAAGAAUCGUUAAAUGAACAAUCAACUUUAGAACAUCAUCUGACGAAGCUUCAAUUAUGUGAAAAAGAUUUCCAUACUAAAAUCAAUAAUGUUUCCACAAAUUCUUUGACAAAUUUAUUCUUAAUGGAUAAACAAAAAUCCUCAGCAUUGCUUGAUCAAUAUUCCGCUGACUUUGAUCAUUUUAGUUUGCCAAUAACAAAUAUUUUAAAGUUCAAUAAUAAUAUGGAUGAUGAUAUGCCCAAUUCAUGA